AGGGCAGUGUGGGUGGUGAGAGGUGGGCGGGCAGACCUACCCUGCGCGCCUACACCAAAGAUGACUGAGGACACGGCGCUCCUGGUGCUGUGGUACCGGUCCAGUGACACCCUCCCCGUGUACAGCUACGACGCUAGGGAGGGAGAGUUCACCUCAGGAGUUCGGUGGGCAGACGAGGGUCUGCUGGGCAGGCGAGCGUUCUUCAUGCCCACAGCGGAGCCGCCCACACUGACUCUGGAGCCCGUCCACGCCCGCGAUCAGGGCGUCUACACCUGCAGGGUCGACUAUCGCCUCUCUCCCUCCACUACCGCCUACGUCAACCUCACCGUCGUCAUUCCCUCGGGGCCACCGAUGAUCCUGUGGGGUGGGCAUGGUGCCGUGAGCGUAGUGGGCCCCCUUGUGGAGGGGGAACGAGCUCACCUCACCUGCAGGAGCAUUGGUGGGAGACCUCCUCCCCAGCUCACCUGGAUACGUCGAGGACAGAGACUAUCUCCCCUCAGUUACAACGCCACAGUCGACCCUUCCACAGGCAUGUACCAGGUGGAAGCUGCAGUGAGCAUCGUGGGCAGCCGCGAACUCUUGGGCAGCACCCUCUCCUGCCACGCCCGCACGCCCACGCACGCCCACGCCGACCUCCUGCAGCCCCAGACAGCCUCGGUCGUCGUCAACGUCACUCUAUCGCCGGUGGAAGUGCGGGUGGUGGGCGGUGGUGCGGGCGUGCGGGCGGGCACCAUCCUGCGUCUAGUGUGUCGGGCUGCGGGCUCCCACCCACCCGCCCACCUUACCUGGUGGCGCGCCCACGCUCGCCUCCCCCAUGUCACCCACGCUGUGGAGGCAGGAGGUAAUGUGACGACAGCGACUCUGACGAUGGAGGUAGACAGAAGUCACAACGGAGUCACGCUGGCGUGCACGGCAGCCAACCCAGCGCUGCCCAGAGCACACCAUCUUACUGACACUGUCAAGCUGAACGUUCUUUACCCCCCAAUCGUUCAUCUGUCCAUGGGUCGUCCACUGGACCCCGGAAGCAUCAAGGAGGGAGACGACGUGUACUUCGAGUGCAACAUCGUCUCUAACCCGGCCUACCAGCGGGUCGACUGGUACCACAAUGGUGUGUUGGUGGGCCACAACGUGACCUCCGGGGUGGUGGUCAGUGGGCUGAGUCUGGUGUUGCGACACCUGCGACGGGAACACUCCGGCUCCUACACCUGUGGUGCCGCUAACCCUGAGGGCUACAACACCAGCAAUGCCGUCACUCUCUCAGUCAGGCAUACACCUGUGUGUGCGGGUGAGAAGCGGGAGAGGACUCAGGGCGCCGCCCGUGGGUCGACAGCUGCUGUCAAGUGCACAGUAGAGGCGGAGCCAGCCCACGACCUCACCUGGACGUGGAUCAGGAAGCGGGCGGAUGGCACCGAGGAGGAGGUGCCUGGUGAGGACGUGAGGAGCGACGGCCUCACCUCCAGUGUCCUCCUCACGCCCAGUAACCCUGACGACUACGGGAGGUUCCUGUGUCGAGCCGCUAAUGCCGUCGGGCGGCAACGGGCGGCCUGUGUGGUGAACCUGGUGCCCGCUGGACCGCCUGAUACACCCACAAACUGUUCCGUGGCUCCUAUAGACUCCGCCGCCCACGCUCCCACCCACACCGCCUCCCUCUCCAUCACUUGCAUAGAGGGCUUCGAUGGAGGGCUUCCCCAACACUUCACACUGGAGACGUGGCAGGAUGGCAGCCCCACCUCCAACAUGACCAGUAUGUUCCCGGAGUGGGUGGUGAGCGGCUUGAAGGCCGGGGUGGGAGUGACGUUAAGGGUGGCCGCCCACAAUGCCCGCGGCAGGAGCGACGUCAUACGCCUGGAGGUGCACACAGCUAGUGCCCAACACCACGCUGCUCCAGACUCGGAAUGGGGGCUGUUGGGCGUGCCACCCCUGCUGGGAGUCCUGGUGGGCGUGGGUGGCAUGUUGCUGAUCCUGCUGGUGACGGGCGUGGUCAUAGCCAAAUACACCUGGCGCUCCCAGCCGCCCACGCACGUGCAUACACUCGUCAUGACACCCACCACGUCAAACCCCGAUGCCGACACCUACGAUCCUGACGUCGUCUCGGCCCUCCGUCGCCCCGCCGAUAAUCUGGACGUCCUUCCCCCGGCCAGUUACGCUCACAAGGCCGCGUCAGCGAAGUCGCACGCACACAGGCAGGCUGUGGUACGCACUCACGCCCAGGGGCAGGGCGGGGCACGCACACACGCCCAGAGCGUGACUAAGGCAUAUAUUAACAGACGAGGCAACGGGAACCGGUCGCUCACAAGGGGGUUCUGUCUCCACAGACAGGACAGUCCCUACCAUGACUCUGACAGCGAAGAAUCUGAGGACUCAGACUCAGAUUCUACCUUCACCGACCUGACGGCCGCAGGGCGAGCAGCUGCCUCACUACCACCUGCGGUUAUGUGCAGCAACUCCCUCCCGCGCAGAGCCAAGACAGAGUUUCACCAGUUAACGUCCUCCCCGCUGGACCUGCAGCUACAUUCAUGCCAGAGAUCACAGUUGGUAGCUGCCUCCAAUGGCAUCAUACAGAGAGUUCCUUGCUUCUCGAGGAAUCCUCGACGACCGCUGACAGAAUCCUCAGAGAAGCUGCGCCACAUAACGUCCUCCGCCGAAGAACUUCAUCCCCUCAUUUUCUCCGGAGAUUUCCGCCAGUUACUGUCCUCUGGGGAUCUGCGGCACUUAUCGUUUUCCGGCACGGAGCUGAGAAUGAUGAAUUCCACGGGAACGUGGCCGCCUCUCAGCUCUUCUUCCGGGGAGAUGAGACUUCCUUUGUCAUCCUCUGCAACGAUGCAGUCACUGGCCACUGAGGAACUGCGGAUUCUACCUUCAUCGUCAUCAUCCUCUCCCUGGGACACACAGACGAUGUCAUCUUUUAACCAGAUGCUGCCUUGUCGUCAGCAGUUACCAUCGCUGCCGCCGUGUUCAGGGGUGCAGUCACAAACCUGUCACGAAGAGCAACAGCAUCACCUGUCUUGUGAAGCGCUAUUUUCACAAUUGUCUCAAGAGAAGAUUCUACCUCAAAAAUUGCAUGAAGAGGUGCAACUCAGAACUCCUGGGUCAGAUCUGCAAUCACGAUCCUUUUAUUCAAAGCAUGAACAGCACUCGACGUUCUUAGAUCCGCAGACAAAUCCUUGCAACACAGAGUCUCAGCCACACCCACGGUACUCAGAGCUUCAGAAACCUCCGUUGUUUCCACAGACUCUACCAGCAACGUCUUCUUCAGAGUUCUGCACAUUGCCGAUUUGCUCAGAGCACCAGACGGCGAUGUCAUUUAUAAAGCCUCAGCCACAACCAUCAUGUCUAAAGCAAAAAUCAUUGCCGCCAUCUCUCUCUUACCAGGAGAUCGAACCCACAAUGUCACUUCUAGAACUGCAACCUCCUACACCCAAAGAAGAGUUACAACCGUUGCUGCCUCUGGUAGAACUCCAGCCACCUCCCUCCUUCAGAAGCCCACCAUCACCCAGAGAAUUCUGUACUGCUCUUAUCACCGAUUCUUGCAACCUAACUCCAGAGCUUCACGCGGGAGGGAUGCCGUCAUGCUCUUCAGUGACCUGCUAUUCUCCUGCCUCGAAUAAAACGGUAACAUCAGUCACUGCUCCUAAUGAUGCACAGUCACUGGAACACCCUUCUGAGUCGGAAACUUCAAUUUCUUCUAAUAAGAGUCAACACUCAUUACCUAAAUUCUCAUCGAUGCAAAAGCUCGUCAGAUUUUCUGAAGAAAAGUCCACAUUUUCUGAAGGGAAUCAUCCGUAUCCCUGUAAAAAUGAUAAACUAGGUUUCACGAAAAAUGUACCAGUUUCGAAUUUGAGACCAUUUACUGACAUAUUAAUGAAACCAGUUAAUUCUUCCCAUUCCAUCCAAGAUGCCCAAACACCGCAUAAAUCUAUAACUAACCAAAAAGCUAACUUUCACUCAUCUAAAGCAUCGAAGAGUAUUGGAAAACAAGUAUCGUUUAGCGACGAUGAAAACCUCCAAGAACCUGUUGCAGUUAGAGUUUCAGCAAAAUCUGGAGUGGAAAGAGGUGAAAAACGAUGCGCUCAAUUGUUUUCCAGUAUUGACUCUUCACUUCCAGCCCAGACGAAACCACAACCACCAGAGACAGCAUUUAUAAAGGAAGCAUCCUGUUCUCCAAGAAGAAGCAUAGAAGUAAACAAUUCUCCAAAGCAAACAACCGACUUACAACGUUUUCCAAAAGCUUCUGUGGCCUCUAGACUAGCAUCAGGGACACUUGAAAAGCAAAAAAGCCACCAAGAAGUCAAUACUCUGCCAUCUUGGGGAUCACCGAUAACUACGGAAGGAUCUCGUUUAUUACACAGGCCAGUUGAUCCUCUUGGAAAUACGCAAGGCGGAGUUAAACAGAACUUUUCGGAACGCAGUGUAGGGUCACUCAAGCCAGAAGCUGUUAUUAACAGUCCUAGGGUAUUAUUGAAACCAGCAGUUCUUGCCAAAGACAUCAAGCUCCUCGAUUACAGUAAAUAUGUUCUUGAGAUUUUAGAGAAACCUUGUGUGCCUGCCAGAACAGGAAGAGUACAGUGUCAAUGACAUGCUUUGUAGGUGGAAAGUGUGAGGGAUUAUCCCCUAGUACUAACGCCGACUUCCUGCAUUCCAUAAGUCAUCGACUUUCGAGCCUUCUGGACGUCAAGCGUCAUUGUGCGAAACAAGGCUCACGCACUCUCUUUCCUGUGGUUUGUGAUUUUGGUGAACUGAGCCGAGUUUUCCAAGUUUUUGCUGGUGCUUAUCAUGGUCCAUAUCCAGAGAGUCCGAGCCACGGUGCCUGGUUUUUUGGAUAGCAUGGGAGAAUCGCCAAACUGACAGCUAGUGCUCAUGCUACUAGUGUGCUACUCCCAAAGAAUCUCAUAUUUUGAGGAUAUAUUUUCGUUUUCCUAUUUAGACAAUACUGUAUAAAGUAAAUGCCUAAAUAUUUAAUGAACUACAAUAUGACUUUUUAUAACAAAUAACCAUUAGGAUAAUAUAUCAGCGAUUUACUAUUUUACAAACGUGAGUACAUACACACAUACACAAUAUAUAUAUAUAUAUAUAUAUAAUUUAUAAUUUUGAGAGCGACAUUACUCUCAGCUUAUUAAGGUUAUUCAACAUCAGAGUCACGAACAUUGUUCUUCAUUAAAGUCAUUCGUGUCUGAGCUGUAAACUUUCAUUUCCAGUGUUAAAGAGUAAAGAA